AUGGCUCAGCCUAAUACUGACCAGGGCGCGCCAUAUCGCCCGCAAGACCAGAAUGAGGCUAAAGUAUCGGCUAUGACUUGCAAAGACGGAAAAGUGUCUCAUGGCAAGAAAGCUUCCACGGAUUAUAGACCCGAUACGACCUGGAACACGUGCUUCGUCUCUCACGAAGUUUUGGGGAAAGAAACUUUGCUCCAGCUUCUGGAGAGAACCCGAGUCCCGGACUCCGUAGAAAGUUUGGCGGCAACUCCACAUGACCACUUUAUGAGCCGAUCACUGCUGGUCGAAGAUACCAUGUAG